CUUGGCCCUGCGUAAGGCCACGCCCCCCGGCAGCUGAGAGGUUGGUUGCGCGGCCGCCGGGGAAGGAGACGCUGCCCUUUCGCAGCUAUGGGAUCCCGGCUCCGUGGAGGGACCCUCUGGUAUGCACAUUCCCGUCUUUCCGGGCGGUGGAUGGCUCCUGGGACCCAGCCAGCAACCAGUUGAAGACGUUCUCCUUGGAAACACUCCACCCAAGGGCUCUGGCCUGGCGUGUUGGUCCUGCCAUGGCGUUCCGGAGGACUGAGGGCAUGUCCAUGAUCCAGGCCCUGGCCAUGACGGUGGCCGAGAUCCCUGUGUUCCUGUACACGACAUUUGGACAGUCUGCAUUCUCGCAGCUGCGGCUGACACCAGGCCUGCGGAAGGUCCUGUUUGCCACAGCCCUGGGGACCGUGGCCUUGGCCCUGGCCGCCCACCAGCUGAAGAGGCGAAGGCGGAAGAAGAAGCAGGUCGGCCCUGAGAUGGGAGGCGAGCAUCUGGGCACGGUGCCCCUCCCCAUCCUCAUGGCCAAGAAGACCCCAUCGGUAAAGAAAGGCUACUCCAGCCGGAGGGUACAGAGCCCCAGUAGCAAGAGCAACGACACCCUGAGUGGCAUCUCCUCCAUUGAGCCCAGCAAGCGCUCGGGCUCCUCCCACAGCUUGGCCUCGAUGGUGGCGGUGAAUGCGUCCAGCCCCACAGCUGCGUGCUCGGGACCAUGGGAUGCCAGAGGGAUGGAGGAGUCUGUGACUACCAGCGAUGGCAAUGCCGAGAGCCUCUACAUGCAAGGCAUGGAGUUAUUCGAGGAGGCUCUGCAAAAAUGGGAGCAGGCGCUGAGCGUGGGGCAGAGGGGAGACAGCGGCAGCACCCCCACACCAGGGGACGGCCUCCGGAACCCUGAGGCUGCUUCCGAAGUCCUUUCUGAGCCAGAGUCACAGCGAAGGGAGUUUGCGGAGAAGCUGGAGUCCCUGCUACACCGGGCCUACCACCUGCAGGAGGAGUUUGGGUCCACCUUCCCCUCUGACAGCCUGCUCCUGGACCUGGAGCGAACCCUCAUGCUGCCCCUGUCCGAGGGCUCGCUGCUUCUGCGGGCGGACGAUGAGGACAGCCUGAUCUCGGACGAUUCCUUCUUCUCUGCUACCGAGCUCUUUGAGUCCCUGCAGGUCGAAGAUUACCCGAUCCCACUGUCCAGGCCCGCUGCUGCCUACGAGGAGGCGCUACAGCUGGUGAAGGAGGGGAAGGUGCUCUGCCGGACCCUCAGGACAGAGCUGCUGGGCUGCUACAGUGACCAUGACUUUCUGGCCAAGCUGCAUUGUGUGCGGCAGGCGUUCGAGGGCCUCCUAGAGGACCAGAAUCACCAGCUCUUCUUCGGGGAGGUUGGCCGGCAGAUGGUGACAGGUCUGAUGACCAAGGCUGAGAAGAGCCCCAAAGGCUUCCUGGAGAGCUACGAGGAGAUGCUGAACUAUGCUCUGCGGCCGGAGACCUGGGCGACCACACGGCUGGAGCUGGAGGGCCGGGGGGUGGUGUGCAUGAGCUUCUAUGACAUCGUGCUGGACUUCAUCCUCAUGGACGCCUUCGAGGACCUGGAGAACCCCCCGUCCUCCGUGCUCGCCGUCCUGAGGAACCGCUGGCUGUCCGACAGCUUCAAGGAGACGGCCCUGGCCACUGCUUGCUGGUCAGUCCUCAAAGCCAAGAGGAGGCUGCUGAUGGUGCCUGACGGCUUCAUCUCUCAUUUCUACUCCGUAUCGGAGCAUGUUAGCCCCGUCUUGGCCUUUGGCUUCCUUGGACCCAAGCCCCAGCUCGCCGAAGUCUGUGCUUUCUUCAAGCACCAGAUCGUGCAGUACCUGAGGGACAUGUUUGACCUGGACAACGUGCGCUACACCUCGGUGCCGGCGCUGGCGGAUGACAUCUUGCAGCUGUCCCGGCGCCGCAGCGAGAUCCUGCUCGGCUACCUGGGGGCACCGGUGGCCAGCAGUGUUGGCCUGAACGGCGUGCUGCCCCGAGAGAACGGUCCCCCGGAGGAGCUGUAGCUGUGGCGGGCGCAGGCUGGGAAGGGGUGGCUGCUGGGCCUCGUCCACGUGGGUGAUGGCAGAGACAAGGUGCCUCCUCCCUCCUUUGGGUUGACAAGCAAGGGCCGGGCAUCUGUGCCAUCAGCAGCUCAGAGCCCAGGCCGUGGUAGCCAAGAGCGGUUGCCCCUGAUCUUGCCCCACCCCCAAUCAUCUGGGAAUCCCCAAGGCCUGGGGGUAAACUUCCAUGGAGAGAGAGGGAGCCCCUCGGGGCCCGUCUGACUGCCCUCAGCGGUCCCUGGGGAAGCGGAGGCUGGACCAGUGGCCAGUGGGGCCUGAGGGAGAAGAAGGUAGUGAGAGAGAGAGAGGAAGGUGUUGUGAAGAGAAUUGGGGGAGGCAGAGCUGGGGUGCCCUGGGUGUGGGACCCCAAAAGCUCCCACCAACCUAGGCUGCUGACGAGGGGCUGGGAGGGUGGAGGUGAAAGGUGGGGAUGGCAGGGCUCUGGGUGAAGGUCAUGUAUGUCCUGGGUUGAGAGGUCUCAGAAUCCAGGCCCACGGCUGGCCAGUCCCGACGACCCCCACCACCACCCGAGAGAGCUUGCAACUCAGAGAGUGAGGGUGGGGCCUCCGAGGGGCUGUGAGCACCAUGGUGGCAGCAGGCGUGGGCCGGCAGGAGAGGGGACGCAGGAGGGACUCUCCUUGUGCUCACAUCUGGGUAGGGACUGGGCACCACACAGGACAUUGUCCUCUGACAUCGCCCUCCCUGCCAGAGCCUGUCACCUCCUCCCGCUUCUGCCACCACCGGAGACAGGUGGGGCUGGUCCUGCCGCCCACCCACCUCCCUCUGUGAGCCCGGAACUCUCCGGGUGGUGCUAGGUGCUGAGCUGGAGGCUCUGACCGGGAGUCCUCUCAGGCCUAUCACCUCUGCUGCAUUGCUGGUGGCCCCGGGAGUGAGGGGCCCAGGGACCACACUGGGGGCGGUCAGGAGGUGGACGGCUGGUCCAGCCCCCCAGCCCUCACUAGGACAGGAAACGGCCCAGCACUUGGAUGCGCACAUGCUCUGGAGUCCGCACAGGGCCCGCCUCCCGCUGGUCCUGCUGAUGGAUGGAGGCAGCCACACUUGUCCCACGCCAUUUGUCCCGUCGCAGGGUCUCAGCCCUGCAGACUCACUUCUCUUAGGGCGUCUCACCUGAGCUGGGGUGUUUUAUUUAUUGCCUUAACACUUUAUUUUGAGGUUCUGCCCCGUCCAGGUUGGGAGGCCUGUGAGAGAAAUACGCUUCUCCCAGGUCUCCAUUCCCUGGAUUUGGGGACUGGCUCCUCAGGCCGGGUCCCUCUCCCUGAAUGGCAAAGGGGCCCCAGGGGUGGGGCGAUCUUGCCCAUUUGGGUGGAGAGAGGGGAGAUGGGCAAGGGAGGUAUGAGCCUCCUUUCCUCCUGGAAUCCCGCCCCUCUGCGUCCCCCUCCCCACCUUCCCGUGCUUCCCGGCCUGGAGGAGGGCUGUGCACUAACCCGUUCCGGCCCAAACCCACCCGCAGCCUCCUGGGAGGGAAGGACCGGUGGCCUCCUCCAUCCCAACAUUCCGUUCAUUUACACUUACCCUGCGCUGUGAAUGUAAUCUCGGGCCUGGCCCCGCCUACUGAUUUACUCCCGAAUCACACACAAGUGGCAUUUUUAUUUUGUCUUUGUUUACACACCCAUGCUCUGCCCCGGCACCUGAUCUGUUGCAGCUUCUAACGUCUGUGUGGUAGAGCUCUGUGCACUGACUUCGAGUCAAAUAAAUGAUCUAAAGGA